CACCUCUCGCGUUGAUACUUCUGCAGUUGUAUCGGGUAAAGCAAAAGAUAUGAUUGGUUGCCUAUCCAUCUUUGAAGUAGGCUCGACGUCGGCUGCACCCGUUAAACAACACAGCCCAAUUGCAAUCACUGUGACUACCAAAGGAGGAAGUGGUAAAACAUUUUUGUACCGUGCUUUAUUGGCCACUGUAAGAUCUAAAGGUUUCAUAGCUUUGGCCACAGCAACUUCUGGUGUUGCGGCAUCUAUACUUCCUGGAGGACGAACAGCCCAUUCACGUUUCAAAAUUCCAAUUAAUAUUGACGAGCAGUUCUCCUGUAACAUCAGUAAGCAAAGCUCUCUCGCAUCUUUAAUUCGUGAUGCAAAAUUAAUUGUAUGGGAUGAGGUAUCAAUGUCAAAAAAAAAAUAUGAUUGAAGCUUUUGAUUUGCUUAUGAAAGACCUAACUGAAACAAAUAUACUCUUUGGUGGAAAAGUCGUAGUGUUUGGAGGUGAUUUUAGGCAAACGCUUCCUGUUGUCCGAAGUGGAAAAAAG